AGGAAAAAUUCGCUCAAAAAUUGAAAAGAAAUCGGACCAAAAAACCAACCGAGCUGUCCGGAAAACCUCCCGAACCGUUCCUUCGUGCGCCGCCGAGAUUCUGGAAACCCCGAAGAACCCUAGAAACGAUUCUCCCCUUCCGCAUUCCCGUCAUCUUCUCUCGCUCGCCGGGUCUGGAUCUCGAUUCGGAUCCCGCAUUUGGGAUUCUCGGGCUCCGGUUCGGCGAUUCCGAGGGAGAUCGGAAUUCCCAAAUGGCGGGGAUUGCCAUGGAGUGUUUGGGGAUUGGAAUGCGAUGAGGAGCUCAAGAGUGGUUUUUCGGCCGGAUUCGGUGGAUGUUAGGCAUCGUUAGAGGAGUGAUUUUGGAUUCAUAUAAAUUUUGAUUGUUGAGGAGUUCGAGAUGGAUUUUUCGGCGAUCAGCGAGGAGCUGGCCGAGAUCGAGGGCCAGAUCAAUGAUAUCUUCCGCGCAUUGUCAAACGGAUUUCAGAAAUUGGAGAAGAUCAAAGACCCGAAUCGACGGAGUAGGCAGUUGGAAGAACUUACUGAUAAAAUGCGGGAAUGCAAGGGUCUUAUCAAGGAGUUUGAAAAAGUGAUGAAGGAAGCAGAGAGCAGAAAUACUCAUGAUACCAAUAAAAAGCUGAAUGAAAAGAAACAAUCAAUGAUUAAAGAACUGAAUUCAUAUGUUGCUCUCAAGAAGCAGCAUGCAAAUAGUCUUGAAAAUAGAAGAGUUGAUCUGGUUGAUGGUCCUGGUGGUGGAGAUGGGGUUAGUGAUGAAAAUAUUAUGUUAGCAUCGACUAUGACCAAUCAACAGCUAAUGGACACUGGACAUGGAAUGAUGGAUGAGACAGAUCAGGCAAUUGAAAGAUCAAAGAAGGUUGUGGAAGACACGGUUAAUGUUGGGGCAGAGACUGCAGUUGCUCUCAAGGCACAGACUGAACAAAUGAAUAGGAUUGUUAAUGAACUGGAUUCAAUCCAUUUUUCCAUCAAGAAGGCAUCUCAACUGGUGAAGGAAAUUGGUAGAUCGGUUGCGACCGACCGUUGUAUAAUGGCCAUGCUCUUCCUUAUAGUGAUUGGAGUGAUAGCGAUCAUUAUUGUAAAGAUUGUGAACCCACAUAACAAGGAUAUUCGUGAUAUUCCUGGACUUGCACCGCCAGUUAGUCGGAAACUCCUUUGGGAUUCAAAUGGCAGAUGAAGUUCUGAAUCGUUCAGCUGUCCAAUUACUCCAGAUGGCAUUUUACCUCCCAAGAAGGCAUCUCUGCUUGGCAAUCCUAUUACUCAGUAUGAUACCUCCUUGUAAUUCAUUGCUUAGUGUUGCUAUUAUUGUCAACCAUUUUUUAUUUUAUUUUUUAUAAUUUACCUUUUUAUUACUAUGUGACAAAAUGAUAGUCCGGCACAACAAAUAUUUGUUUAUAUAUAUAAAGAUAGCAUAUUAUCCUGUUAAUUUUCCUUCCGGGUGUCAUAUUUACCUUGUCAAAUUUUGGCAGGGUUUCACUAGAAGGCCUAGUGUUUCUGCUUACACAGGCCAUUCUUUUGUAACUUUGGAAUAUUGAUACCCUACCAUUUAUUUUGAGCAAAAUUCUCCUUCCA